CGUUGGCGUCCACAUCUACUUGCCUACUUGUAACUGCUUUCUUUCUGUGUACAUGCGAAUCAGCAAAUGCCAAAUCCCUUUGGAAUAAAAUGGUUGAGGUGGAUACAUUGAUCCUGAAUUAUGAAGGAAAAAUAGUGAGCAAGUUAAUAAAGAACAGGAGGCGUUUCAAGAGAUUUAUGAAAUGCCAGGAAACCUACACUGCUGCCCAAAGCGCACUAGAAGUUUUCAAAGGGCCAGCUCCACUAAAAUGAAUUGGUCGUCGUGGAGUAUGCAGUGUGGAGUAGUUGGUGCUAG